AUGGCGUGGAAUCAACCAGACCCAGCCCGGCUGAUGGUUCAAAAUGCCUCACAUCGACCAUCACAGUCGAUCGAUGGCGAUACAUUGCGUCCGCGGGCGGGCUCAUUCGCGUCUUCUGCUGAUACCGUAGUUCGCUCACGGGCGAACUCCGAAGUAAAUUCUUCCAAAGAUGCUUACGACGAUGUAUCGCUAUCUGAUGCUUUGAAACCCGAUCCGCGCAAUGAAUCUGAUUUCCAAGUCGAGGAUAAUCGCUUUGCCUUUUCACCCGGUCAACUAAACAAAAUGCAGAACCCAAAAUCCCUAGCUGCUUUUCAUGCUCUUGGCGGCUUGCAGGGUCUAGAGCGUGGUCUGCGCACAGAUCUAAAUGCAGGCUUGUCAAUAGAUGAAGGCCGGUUGGAGGGAAAGGUCGAGUUCAAGGAUGUGGCUCCGCAACAAACUACAGAGAAAUCUUCAACAGUCAACACGGCGCCGGCGCCGGUGUCGGCGGGUAAUGGUUCACCCUUUGAAGACCGUAUCCGUGUCUUCAGUCGGAAUAAGCUACCCGCGAGGAAAUCGACCGGGUUCCUGACACUGCUUUGGAUGGCUUAUAACGACAAAAUCAUUAUCCUAUUGACUAUCGCUGCCGUGGUCUCGCUAUCUCUGGGGAUAUACGAGACCGUGUCAGAAGGCACAGGCGUCGACUGGGUGGAAGGAGUCGCCAUCUGUGUGGCUAUUCUGAUUGUUACAAUUGUCACAGCUGCCAACGAUUGGCAGAAAGAGAGACAAUUUGCCAAACUCAACAAACGGAACGAUGACCGUGAAGUCAAAGUCACACGCUCAGGAAAAACCAAUAUGGUAUCAAUCUACGAUAUCAUGGUCGGUGACAUCCUCCAUCUUGAAGCAGGCGAUUCCAUCCCCGCGGAUGGCAUUCUAGUUACAGGUUACGGUGUGAAGUGCGACGAGUCUUCCGCCACCGGCGAGUCAGAUCAAAUGAAAAAGACCCCCGGCCAUGAAGUCUGGCAGCAAAUUGUCGACGGCAAGGCAACCAAGAAACUCGAUCCGUUCCUGAUCUCCGGUAGCAAGGUGCUUGAAGGCGUGGGAACUUAUGUCGUCACCAGUGUUGGACCCUAUUCUACAUACGGACGGAUCUUGCUAUCGCUGCAGACUCCUAACGACCCAACGCCGCUUCAGGUCAAGCUGGGCAAGUUGGCGGAUUGGAUUGGAUACUUGGGUACAGCGGCUGCUGGUAUUCUGUUCUUCGUCCUGCUCUUCCGAUUUGUCGCCGAUCUUCCUAAUCACCCAGAGAGGAACGCUACUAUGAAAGGCAAAGAGUUUGUGGAUAUUCUUAUUGUUGCUGUCACGGUUAUUGUCGUCGCUAUUCCAGAGGGUCUUCCACUGGCAGUAACGCUGGCUUUGGCUUUUGCUACCACUCGAAUGGUCAAGGAGAACAAUCUCGUUCGUGUCCUUCGCGCAUGCGAGACAAUGGGCAAUGCUACAGUCAUCUGCUCUGAUAAAACAGGUACAUUGACACAGAACAAAAUGACUGUUGUGGCUGGAACCUGGGGCUCGGAUCGGGCCUUCAGUCAGAGGACCGAAGAUGAAGACGUCGAGGGUUCGAUGACUAUUUCAGCGGUUUCCCAGCAAUUAUCGGCUCCCAUCAAAGAUCUGAUCAUUAAGAGCAUCGCUUUGAACUCCACUGCCUUUGAGCAGGAAAAAGACGGCGCCAUUGAUUUCGUCGGUAGUAAGACUGAGGUCGCGAUGCUUCAAUUGGCUCGGGAUUACAUGGGCAUGGAUCUUGUCUCGGAGCGUGGCUCCGCCGAGAUCGUCCAAUUGAUUCCUUUCGACUCCGCCAGAAAGUGCAUGGGUGUUGUUUACCGUGUCCCUGGUGCUGGCUACCGAUUGCUCGUCAAGGGAGCGUCCGAGUUGAUGGUUGGCGUCUGCACCUCGGAAAUCAUCAACAUUGAUACGUCCAAAGAGAUGCCCGAUGUAGAGCAGCUUUCUGAGACACAGAAGCAGCACCUCCUCGAGCUCAUCGAUGGUUAUGCUCACAAGUCUCUUCGCACGAUUGGCAUGGUCUACAAGGAUUUCGCUGCCUGGCCACCGGCAGAGGGCAAACAGUCUGAUGAUUCGGCGAACUUCGAUGAUGUCUUCCACGGUAUGACCUGGGUCGGAGUCGUGGGUAUCCAAGACCCUCUUCGUCCCGAAGUCCCAGAUGCCAUUCGCAAAUGCCACUCGGCAGGUGUCCAGGUCAAGAUGGUGACUGGUGACAACGUUGCCACUGCCACUGCCAUUGCAUCUUCGUGCGGAAUCAAGACGGAAGAUGGAUUGGUCAUGGAAGGUCCUAAGUUCCGCCAACUCACCAACGCGGAGAUGGACGAAGUGGUUCCGCGUCUGCAAGUGCUCGCACGAUCGUCUCCUGAUGACAAGCGUAUCUUGGUCGAACGACUCAAGGCGCUUGGUGAAACUGUCGCUGUAACAGGUGAUGGUACCAAUGACGGUCCGGCUUUGCGGACUGCGGAUGUCGGUUUCUCCAUGGGUAUUGCUGGCACUGAGGUCGCGAAGGAAGCGAGUUCGAUUAUUCUUCUGGAUGAUAAUUUCAAGUCCAUCAUCACAGCGAUCGCGUGGGGACGAGCUGUCAAUGACGCCGUUGCCAAGUUCUUGCAGUUCCAGGUCACUGUCAACAUCACAGCUGUCGUCCUCACUUUCGUGUCAUCUGUAUACAGCAGUGAUAACGCCAGUGUUUUGACAGCUGUGCAGCUUCUCUGGGUGAACCUGAUUAUGGACACCUUCGCCGCUCUCGCUUUAGCCACUGAUGCCCCGACUGAACAAAUUCUCGACCGCAAGCCUGUCCCCAAACACGCCUCCCUCUUCACAAUGACCAUGUGGAAAAUGAUUCUCGGCCAAGCAGUGUACCAGCUCGCCGUCACAUUCAUGCUCUAUUUCGCAGGCGAAAAGCUCCUCGGUUCCCAUCUCAGCUCAGAUCCCGAGACACGCACGAAGGAACUCUCGACUGUGGUGUUCAACACAUUCGUAUGGAUGCAGAUCUUCAAUGAGUUCAACAACCGCCGUCUCGACAACAAGUUCAACAUCUUCGAAGGAAUGUUCCGCAACUACUGGUUCCUAGGAAUCAACGCCAUCAUGGUCGGCGGUCAGAUCAUGAUCAUCUACGUGGGCGGCAAGGCAUUCUCCGUGACUCGCUUGAGCGGCACCCUCUGGGGCGUGUGUGUUAUCUGUUCUAUUGCCUGCUUGCCCUGGGCCAUUGUGCUUCGAACCAUUCCAGACUACCACUUCGGGAUUGUGUUCAAUGCUGUUGUUGGUGGCAUGGCUGUUGUUUUGCGCCCGAUUGCUAAGGUGUUCAAGACCAUUGGCCGUGGUAUCAGGUCUUUCUUUAGACCUGUGAAGCGUUUCACUCGUCGUGUCUUCAAGAAGAAGUCAAAUGAUGCAGUCGAGUUGAAUUCGCAGCCUGAAAACUCUGAUCCUGAAGAUGCUCCUAAGACACCUGAGAGCAAGGAAAAGUCCCCUGAGCGUCCUACUACACCCCCCCUUGUCGUGGUGCCUCCUAUCACGAUUACGACCUCUCCUUAG